AUGUACAAAGAGGACUAUAAGCUGGCGUUCUGGAGGGGAACAAACUCCAAGAAACUGCCCAGUUGUCUGACAGUGACGUUCUCCGGACCCAACGUGAGGGCAGCAUCUGUGGUUCUUGAUAACAGUGUCACCACCCGGGACAAAGCUCGCUCGAAAUUCCAGGAACUCAAGAAGUUGGGAUUGCCAGCGAAACACAGCCUGGCUUUCUUGUUCAGCUGCGUUGGGCAAGGGCGCCAUUUCUACCAGGCCGAGGAUGUGGAAAGCGGAGCCUUUCACGAGGUCUUUCCCGACACGCCCCUUGUGGGGUUCUUUGGGGGCGGGGAGUACGGCUGCGAUAACUUCACCCUGGGGAGAUCGGUGCAGGAGAGUGCAGACCGAGACUCGGCAGACCUCAGGCACAGGAAUGCGCUGAAGAAACUGCAGAAUUUGGAGAAGUCGUUCACUUGUGUAGUAUGCUUGCUGUCAUUUGGCUGA